CAUACACAGUACACUUAAAAAGCUUCCAAGAUUAAAGUGCAGGUACAUAUAUGAAACAAUAUAGAUCAUAUAUAGAUUAUAAUUAAAACUCAGGUAAAUGCACUCUGCUGGUGACAAAGAAAUCAAAUAUCUUCUGCCUACCAAUUCGAUCAAACACAUCUUUGUUUGUUUCUCAAGAAAGUUUUAAUUUGGAAGAACAAAAGAGAAUUCAACAUGGAUGGUGGAGAGAUAGAGCUUUCGGACUAUGGUUUACUGCAAAAUUCCAAUUCCACCUCUUCUAAUACUCAGGUAUCAACAUCAAUGGACUCAUUUCUUGAUGAAUUCUUGAAAAACACCAAAACAUGCACCCACACACACACUUGCAAUCCUCCUGGCCCUGACGCGGCGCACACACACACAUGCUACCACACCCACACCCAAGUUUUUCAAUCCGAGGAGGAUGAUGGGACGAACGAUAGAGAACCUGUAGUGUCAAAACCUAGGAGGGCUUCGGGGAACAAAGAAGCGGUUCGGAAGUAUAGGGAGAAGAAGAAGGCGCACACGGCAUUUUUGGAGGAGGAGGUGAAGAAAUUGAGGGUUUUGAACCAGCAUUUGGUUAGGAAAUUGCAGGGUCAGUCUAUGCUCGAAGCCGAGGUUUUGAGGCUUAGAGGGUUGUUGAUGGAUCUGAGAGGGAAGAUUGAUAAUGAAUUGGGUGUUUUGUCCUUCCAAAAGCAGUGUAAUAAUACUACCACGAGUUUUAAGGAAGGCGACUGUGGGAUAUUGCAGUCUAAUGGCACUGCAAAUGGCGCGGGAAUGGGCCGACAAAGGUGUGAGAAGGAUACACUAUGCUUCCAUCCUCAGAUGGGGACAUCAAUUGAGGCUAUUGGUGGAGGUGGGAAAAUGGUGGUGGCUUCUUGGCGGGAAGGAAAUUGUCGGCCGACAAUAAUUGAUUGUCGAGCUAAUGCAAAUGACAUAGCAAGUGCUGAAGGAUACUCCUUUGAUGCAGUGGAAGCCUUGGUGUCUUCUGCAUCUCAAGCUGAUUAACUAUAGGGGAAGGUCUCAUUUGUAAGUUCCUCAAAUCCUUCUUUUUUACUGCGCUAAUACUUGUUUAACUUCAGAAGAUAGUAAUGGUACUUUGAUACAAUAAUUUGUAUAUGGUGGGAUUUGGUGAGAAAGUGAAUGUCAUAAGAUGCUUAUAUAUGUUGCAGUACAUGUUUAGCACAAAUAAAUCUGUACCCUUGGUGGCAUAUGGAAACAAAUUUCUUCUCUCUAAAUAGCUUGUAUGAGUCUAGCAUGUAAAUAAAUUUUUUUUUCUUUUUUUU